AUGCGUAGCACGAGAUUUGGAUCUGGCAUUCUCAAGAACGUGUGGGACAAUCCCGAGGAGUUGGAAAAAGAUAACGUGCUGGUGGUGAGUGGGCACCAUGGCGUGCUCGACACAUCACGGCGCCUGCGACUGAUCAUCGACGAGGCGGGUGGGCUGGACGCUCCCAUUGCUGCCAUGCUGCUGCCAUCCCGGGAGAUCAUCAGAGACACUGACCCGCUGCCCAGCUCUGAAGAUGUCGUGGCUCAAAUGACUGAGGUAGCAGAGGCAGCAGCUAUGACACAGGAGGAGUCUGCACGUGAACUGGAGCCUGUAGCUGCAUAG